AUGGCCUUGCGUGUACCAGCACAGGCUCCCCGCCCCAAAACUUCGUACUCGGCCCCCCAAAUACCUCCCUCGAUCGAUAUCCCUCCUUCUCCCACCGAGCAGCGCGAAGAUGACACCGCACAAUGGGUCCUGUUUUCCCCCACCGCCCACACUCACACGACCUCGACAGAUCGCACUGCGGGAGCCUCACGACUGAGCGAUUUUGGCUCCUUCGGCACUGCUACUCGCUCCGCCGCUGGUCCGGACGGCGAAGUGGAAGACGAGGAAGCCCUGGAUGACCAGCUUGACGAGGAUGGUACCGAGCUAGAUAGUCUGGAUGAUGGCUUGCAUGCUUUCCGUGCUCCGUCGCUCUCCCCCGCAAGUGCGGACCACGGGCCACCGGCGAUGUUACCGGCUCAUGACGGACUAGGAAGCUUCCAAGCUUCCAGUCAGCAGGUUCAGGACCAGCUCUGGCAACAUGAGCAAUAUAAUCCUCAACGGCGUCCGUAUGGCUACUCCCAGCAUCGCCGGCAUUCUAGUGUCCAAAGACACCUGGAUACAGUUGAUGAGGGAGAGGCGAACGUCGAAAGGGACCGGUGGCAGCGGAUAGAACAAUGGCGCAUGGACCAAAGUGUCGCGUUGAUGCAGGAAAUCGAACGUGAGACUCGUCGGAGGUCCAGCCGUGCAAGUCAAUCAACCAUUCCCCGAUCUAUUGAUUAUACCUCACCGGCUAGUGUCGCAGAUCUUUCUCUGGAGAAAGAGGCUUCACCGGAAGGAGGUGCGGAGACUGAGGAAACAUUCUGGAGACGCAUAACGCGAAAGGUCAUUCGCGAUUUGAUCGGCAUCGACGAUUCCUUGUUGUGCGUUAUCUUUGGCGAGUCUCUGCCGCCGGACGGGCAACUUCCUGAAGAUAAUUCCGAAGAGCUCAGCAUGGAAACUGUGCUGGCGCACGAACCGGAGCCGGAGCAUACGGAGCCACCGAUAUGGCAGUCCCGUGUACUUCAGCGAAUUGCCCACGAAUUGGGUAUUCUGGUACAUCAGAUCUGCGAGCAUCCCGGUGCAUUCUCCACAUAUUACCAAAUGACCAAGGACAUCUCGAGUGAAUAUGCCGGCAUGUCGCUCAACCGCCUAGCAGAAAGUAAAACCCUGCAAGAAUCCCAAGAGUCUACACCUCAAACAUCGGCGGACACAACAGAUUCCAUGCCAUCUCCACACUUCAUGCCCACACUCCGUGACCCCAACCGCGACCACGAGGCGCAAUGGGGCAUCGAGGAAGACGACGUACCUGGCCCCGAGUCUACUCGCGCCCAACAAGAACAAGAGUAUUGGGAACGCGGCCUAGACGUCAUGAUGGUCUUCCGCUACCUGCGCACGCGCUUCAGCCGCCGCGGGUACAUGUCGAACGAUCGACUCACCUCCAACCCUUCACCCCGUCACACUCAAGAUCCCUCACGUCGUGCCGCUAUCAUCCGUCAACACCAUCCCCUCGUCGCUCGAGCACACUCUCGUUCCCAAACACAAUCUCGUCGCGUAUCCCAUGUUUCGGGUCCUGUUGGUGUCUCCUCGCCUCUAUCACGGUCCCACCUCCGACGACCCAGCUCCAGCUGCGCGAGUCAGAGCAAGUUGUCGGCUAUCUCGAGUCGUCGGACGCUGACGGGAUCUAGUCGGAACUACUGGGAUAUUGGUGGGAGUGUGGAGAGUAGCAGUGUGAUUGGUGUUGGUGUCGGAGCUGGGCUCGGCGCUUGGGGCGGGGUUUGA